AUGAACAACAAUACUCAUUCAGGCCCCCGUACCUUCUUUUCCUUUCAACUUUUGGUCCCCUUGUUCGGAGCCAUAGAAGCGUAAGAUCAUAAGACAAAACCCCCAAAUACGUCGUAUCUUCUUUCCCUUCCAAAAAAUUUCUGCCGGAAAUAACUAAUAUAAGAAAAUAAACCGCAGCACAUCCUUGACUCUGCAACUUUCUCUCAAUUUGUUAUUAAUUUGGCGUCAAAAUAUUUCUAUUCCGAGAGCGGGUUAAUUUACAUACGAGUGGAAAUGACAUCUACUGGAUGUGUAUUCCGGCAUUUAUAUUCGGAAAAUGUAUCGAGUUUAGGGUAGAAUAGGAAGCCGCGUCAUUGUUAUUCGAAUACUUGUGGUUUUUUAGGAUGACCAUCAGUGUUUUUGAUAGCCGUUAAACGUUUAUCGUUUUUCAUUGCUAAAUUAACGUGUUGAGGAUAAUGCCCAAUUCCAAAUUACUCGCACGUGUAGUUUUUUUUUGGUAUUAAUUAAUUAGUAUUUUACCUUGUGCUUUAAUUACAUGUUGUUGUAAACGUUUUUUACAAGCUACUGGAGGACCAACAACUCUAGAGUGUUUGCCCUUUUUGCCUCGAUUGUCACGCCUUUCUAAUAAUAAGCAGUGUGAUAAGUGGUAAUAACUGUAAACCCAAAACUGAGGUAGUUUCGUUAAAUAUUAGAUAUCUACCCACGCAACCAAAAAGAGCUCAUCUUUAUAUAGUUUUCCCAUCAUUUUAGGGUAGGACAUUUGGUAUAAAUAAUUAAUAUUGUUAUUCUUUUCACACCAGGCAAACUCUCGAAUUGAUUGACAUUUCCGUGGCAGAGGUAAUGUCAACUGACGCUUGGUUCAAAUCACGUAAGAAGACGUCCAAAACUUCCUUGAUUUGUGACGUGUUUCAGGUCUGGAGUCUUCGUUUUGCAUUUUUUGAAACUUUAAAUCUUCAUUUUGUCAAAUGAAGGUACUGUAAAAUUUAAUCUACCUAUCUAUUUCCGGUAGAGAGCAUUUUUAUAUUUUGAGCGGGUUUAUAUGGUAUUCGAUUACAUGUUCAGUAUGAUGACAUUUCCAAUUCUUUAUUUGUUUUUUCGUAAUUUCUCGAUUCUUUUUCAGGAUUCUCGUUCCAUUAUUAUGAAGAUAGCCACUCAAGAGUACACCUAAUUUGGAACAUGGUAAGUAUUUUGGUAUGGAUAAACUGCGGGAUAAUUCUUUUUGAUUUCUUCUGCGUAGACCGAAUAAAAGCAGUCAAUAUACAAUUCGUAUUUUACCUUGUAAGAAUAGUAUAAUUGUGAAGUUUUUUUACUUGAGUCAGCGCAUUCAAAACUCGUUGGACCAUCUCUAUAGCGUCCCUAGUCUGUCCACUGUCACUUUUUGAUGCAUUUUUGUUUACCCCAAACGACUACAUCUUACAUCGUUUUUACUGUGAUCGGAAAACGUUUCCCAAAGCCCCGCGGGCCGAAACGAGUUAAGACAAGUGACAAGCGUAAUCCCAGUCCUGAGAUUCCGGGAAGAAUGGCCAAGGCCUUAUAAAUAUAUUUAAAUUGUGCUAUGUCAGGAAAAGUGAAGAGGAGAGUGGAGGGCACUCGGCUUGGAACAACUUCUGCGAGUUCUUCUGCAUGGAAACAAUUCAGAGGAUGAUGACAAAUGUGGCAGAGGUGAGCCAAGUGGUUUCAGUAGCCAGUCCACAGCUUGAUGUAAACCUAAGUUUGGGGGUUUUGUUCAAUUCGGCUCGCAAAACUCGCAACGCAAAGAUUUUAUGAAACUGGGGGCCAAAUUUAAUAAAAUGAAGGGGGUUUCCUCUAACGUUUAUUCUUCCGGUUUUCCAUAGUUUCUGUCCCGCAAAGAUUGCUUAAAGUUACAGAAAAUACUAAGGCUUCCUAUGAGUUAUAACAUAGAAAUACAGAACUCGAAGUUUCAUCAAAAUCAGUGCAUUUUAAAGUCUGAAAUUACAAAUUUCUUAAUUUACAGAUCAUCGCCGCCAAUGCCACGGAGCCCCCGGACCCCAAUGACCCCGACACCCAUCUCCGCCGUCUCCUUUCCAUCAUCGGGUUCGGUAUCGGCCUUGAGGCAAUAGCCGUGAAUAUCUUCGCCCUUUGGUUCUUCUUCAAGAUCCCUUCAGCGAAGAAUGUGCACGGUCGUCUUUGUAUCACCAAAACAGCCUCGGAUCUCCCAUUUGCUGUGGCCAUGACCUUCUGGUGGCUUCCAUGGUCCUACUUUUACAAGAAGUCCGAUUCGUUCCCGGGAUUGCAUGGGCCCAAUCUCUCUUUGGACUUUAUUAUUGUCACAAUCACAUUUACAUCCUAUUAUUUCGCGCUGAACGUGGAGGUGUUAAUUGUGUUGGCCCGGUUCACAGCCGUGUUUUACACAUUUACGUUCAAAAUGAUCUUCCGACAAAAGUUCAUGAGUCCAAUCCUGUUUUUCUGCCUGGCCUUAGGGUUCAUUCCAGUGGGUAAGAGGCAUGAGAAAUACAGAAUGUUUUAGAGUGCUAAAAGAAAAACUAAAAUUACACUUUCUUGACGAAACAAUCCUCAUUAUCAUAAUCUUAUUUCAGCCUUCUCUUCCUUCACAAAUUACUGUGUCAUGUACUAUACACCUCUAUGGCUGGCCUGGGAUAUCCUGGACAUAACGGACUUCCCACAGCCUUGUAAAUACAUAUCAUCGGCGUAUGUUGUUACAUACUCCUACAUCUGCACUCUGGCCGUUUUUUGUAUUAUUAUUGCAAUGGUUACCGUAUGGAAACUUCAUGUUCUAAAUAAUGUAAGCAGUUACUUGGGACAUGAAUGUAAAUUUUAAUUUUACAGUCAAAGUUUGCUCAGAAUUCGAUGAGUUCAAUGCAGCGUGCUCGAAGACGGCAUUCAGAAUGGGUAUUACUGGUUGUUAGUCUGACCUCACCUUUUGUGAUUUCGUUGCGAGGAUCUGUGUCUUUGAUUGCCUUCUUUACCAAGCCUUGGAGUCCGUUCAAUUCAAUGAUAUCAGAGAACUUCGUUUAUAACUUCAUCCUGGACUUUGUCGUGGUGCAGGCUAAUGCGUAAGUGGUCUAGGCACUCAUAGGGAAAACUCGCUUAUCAGUGCGCCCAUUAUCUCUUACUGUUAAACUUUUAUUUUCAGAAUCAUCCAGCUCUGCAUUAACCCUACUUUCUGGGCAUUUUUACGGGGAAAUCCCCUCUCCACGCUCACAAAUGCCACGAAAAUGACACCGAUGCAAAAACAGAAAAUCAAUGAUGUUUGA